CCCGAAAUGAAGCUCUGGCACCCAUUGUCAGAAACACACAAUCACACAUACUGGACCUUUCACAGCUCAUAGCAGUCGUAGAAGCUCCACACAGGCUUCGGAUGACACCCAUUUCCCCUCCUGACCUAUUAUGGUGUUUUAGGAGUUUCUAACAUCUUGGGAAACCACAACACGUUCAGGAGUGUUUGCAGAUGGAGGUGUUCUGAUCUCCUGGCGUUGCAGCAUGGCACAGGGACAAACCACCAGCACCAGUUUGAUGGACAUUUCAAAGGCCUUCUCCCUGCUGCAGCCUAAGGAGGAGGACCAGGACGGCGAGCUGUGUCGGGCCUUGAACAACGCCGUGAGCAGUGAUGACAUCUCUCUGCUCUCUCAGCUUCUGUCUCAGGAGAACUACAGAAUGUACAUGAAUACACCGAGUGGCUGGGGGGUCCCGGUGACCCCUCUUCGUGCUGCUGCUGCGCUCGGACACCUCAGGUGUCUGGAGCUGCUGUUGGAACAUGGAGCAGAGGUGGACGUUUUGGACGUGAAGGCCCAGACGCCUCUCUUCACAGCUGUCAGCGGGAAACAUCUGGACUGUGUGGUGGCGCUCCUGAAAGCUGGUGCCGACCCGAACGGCAGUCAGUACAAUAACUGCUCUCCGGUGCUGACAGCCGCCCGAGAGGGGGACGUAGACGUGCUGCGAGAGCUGCUGCUGUUUGGAGCCAAGGUGGACGUCAGACCUAAGGUCCCCGAUUGGGCCUCCAACGCCACAGCCUGCAGGGGCCCCCUCUACCUCUCAGCUGUGUAUGCACACCUGGACUGCUUUAGGCUGCUGCUCCUCCACGGGGCCAAUCCCAACUACAACUGCACGGAUGAGAAGAUGCUGGCCAGGAUCAAGCAGCCCAAAACUGUUCUGGAGGUGUGUCUCCAGUAUGGCUGUGGGCCCGAGUACAUUCAGCUUCUCAUAGACUUUGGCGCGGACGUGUUCUUGCCUACGCUCAUCAUCGAUAAAACUACCAAGCAGAACGAAGCUCUGCUUCUGCUGCUCAAAGCGAGAGUUUGUCCCAAAACACUGAUGUCACAGGCCCGACUGAUGAUCAGAAGAUGUCUCACGUUUGCUAACAAGGACGCUGCAGUGGACCGUUUGGACAUUCCUCUGAUCCUGAGGAAUUAUCUGAAACAUCACAACUCUGUACUUGUCUGACCAGUGACCAGAGAUGUUCCCCCCACGCUGCACACUUGAUCUUCACAGACGUGCUGAGCGUGGCCUCUGCAUCACCCAGAGGGGCUCCAUGUUGGAGGUGUAACACCAGCACUGACCACUAGAGGCCCCAGUAACACCAAGUCUGCAGCUUCCCGGAGGCGUCUAAAUGAGCAGUUUUGAUCAUCUGUUGAUCCAUUUUUGCAUCAGCUUCAGCUCUCUCCCUUUUCACAGGUGACUUGACACAAUCAAAAUGUCCUCCUACCUACUGCAGAAACACAUGCACACACCGGCUGUCUGCAUCACACCAGGGCGCCUCCGAUCUCGCCAGGAAGACAGAAAAAAUAAAGCAAACAAUCUUGCAUCUUUGGACUUCAAAACAUCAGGAAGCGAAGUGAAGAGCCUGCGCUUGAGCGCGGCCGAGUGGGAGAAACGUUUGCGUAACUCAUUACUUAUUCAUCACGGCGCACCUCUAUGCAGCUGCCAGUUGUGGCUGGAGGUUUAUUCAUGUACCUUGUGACGUGAUGAUGUUAACUCACACCCUUUAUUCUUUCCCUUUGUAAUGCAUGCACAAGUUAAUGUGUCAGACUGCUGGGAAUGGCUCCAACAAACAGGAAAUGAUGUCACUCUGGACAGGAAGCAGGGCACAAUGCUCCCACAGCCACACACACGCACACACACACGCUGAUGCAUCGACGCGGCGUUCUGUAGAGGUUUUAUUUUCAACAAAAGUACAGCUAUAUC